UUUAAGACUAACGAAGCUUCUUUCUUCUUCAUCAAUGGCGGAUCCUAGUCAAGAAGCCAGUUUCUGGGCGCAGGCAAAUGCGUUACUUAGAAAGAACUUAACCUACCAGAGGAGACACAUAUGGACGAAUGUUAGACUCGUCCUGGUUCCACUACUCCUUUGCUUACUUCUUCUAGGGAUUCAACUUUUGCUUGAUGCUGUGGUGAAUAAGGCCUCUGAUUUGACUAACUGCGCAAGUCAAGAUGAUUUUUCUAGUGGUGAUUGUCCCAUCCCAAACCCUCCAUUGUUGCCUCCACUGUUACAGAUUCCAGAACCUGAAUCUCGUGCUGUCAGUGGUGGUUUCUUUUCAUACGAAGACCUUCCUGACAAGUCGUGUAGAAAAACAGGAACUUGUCCUGUUACUAUACUUGUAACUGGGAAUAACCAUUCCCUUGGUCAAGCUUUAUCUGGGAAUAUGUUUGGUGGUUCGUUUGCUGUGAAUUCCUCUGACCUCUUGUCUAGUUUAGCCUAUAAUGUCUUGGGUUCAACACUAGCACCAGGCACAAACAAUUAUGCAGAUCCGGGGAUUGAGUCUGAUAUUCCCAUCUACAGUAUCCAAUCUCAGUGCAAUCCAAACUCUACAUGGCCACUCUCAUUCGGAAAAAUUCAUACAGUGGUGAACUGUGUUAAAGGGUUGUCUCUCUGGCGAAAUAACUCUGUAGAGGUCAAUGAUGAGCUUUUCAAGAGUAGUUGGAAGGGAAAUCCUGAGCGGAUGACAAAUGAGAUUGCUGCAGCAUAUGAUCUCUUGAAUACGGAUAGAAACAACUUUGAUGUGACCAUCUGGUAUAACUCAACAUACAUUGACGACCCUUCAAGGGCACCUUUGGUUCGAGUUCCUCGCUUGCUCAAUCUGGUAUCAAAUGCUUAUCUUAAGUUUCUGAAAGGCCCCAGGACAAGGAUAUUAUUCGAGUUUGUCAAAGAAGUUCCUAAACACCAAACUAAAUACCAUCUUGAUAUCGCUUCCUUGCUUGGCCCGCUCUUUUUCACUUGGGUUGUUCUUCUUCUAUUCCCCGUGAUCUUGACAUCAUUGGUGUAUGAGAAACAAGAGCGUCUAAGAAUUAUAAUGAAAAUGCACGGGCUAGGCGAUGGUCCAUAUUGGAUGAUUUCCUAUGCCUAUUUUCUUUCUCUAUCUAUGUUUUAUGUCAUUUCUUUGGUGAUCUUCGGGUCAGUGAUAGGACUCAGGUACUUCCGGCUCAAUGACUACAGCAUCCAGUUCGUUUUCUAUUUUAUCUUCGUAAAUCUGCAAAUCUCCUUCGCCUUUUUAGCUUCUUCUAUUCUCAAGGUUAAGACUGCAACAGUUGUUGCUUACACAUUGGUGUUUGCAAGUGGGCUCUUGGGCAGCUUUCUUUUUGGAGAACUGCUUGAUUCUCCCUCAUUCCCCGAAAAAGGGAUUCUUGCUUUGGAGAUGUAUCCCGGCUUUUCCUUAUUCCGCGGAUUGUAUGAGUUCUCGCAAUAUGCCUUCCGUGGAAGCGGGAUGAAGUGGAAAGAUCUCAAGGAAAGCGGAAUGGAUAAACUGUUCUACCUUAUGUCUGUGGAGUGGUUUGUGAUUCUUAUUGUGGCCUACUCUAUCGAUCUAGUUUCUUCAUCCGGGAAAAGUCCUUUCGUUUUCUUGAAGAACCAUUUCAAAAAAUCAUCUUCCCUACCAAGUCCUAGUGUGCAGAAGCAAACCUCUGACAACAUUCUCAUUGACAUGGAAAAAACAGAUGUCACUCAGGAGAGAGAAAAAGUUGAGCAACUGAGGAAAGAAGGGAGCACAGGGCAUGCGAUUGUGUGUGACAACCUGAAGAAGGUGUACCCCGGUAGCGAUGGUAACCCGCCAAAACUAGCAGUAAGAGGGUUAUACCUUGACGUUCCUUCAGGGGAAUGCUUUGGCAUGCUUGGACCUAAUGGUGCCGGAAAAACCUCUUUCAUCAAUAUGAUGACUGGGCUACUGAAACCGACAUCUGGAACUGCGUUGGUUCAAGGUUUGGACAUAUGCAAGGAUAUGAACAAAGUAUACACGAGCAUGGGCGUAUGCCCGCAGCAUGACUUGCUCUGGGAGACGCUAACGGGAAGGGAACAUCUUCUCUUUUAUGGGAGGCUUAAGAAUAUCAAGGGCUCUGCUCUAACACAAGCUGUGGAAGAGUCUCUCAAAAGCGUCAGCCUUUUCGAUGGAGGAGUUGCCGACAAACCUGCUGGAAAAUACAGCGGAGGUAUGAAAAGGCGGCUUAGUGUAGCCAUUUCGCUUAUCGGGAACCCAAAGGUGGUUUACAUGGAUGAGCCGAGCACAGGACUUGAUCCAGCCUCAAGAAAGAAUUUAUGGACCGUGAUCCAGCGUGCAAAACAAAACACAGCCAUAAUCCUCACAACUCACUCGAUGGAAGAAGCAGAGUUUCUUUGCGACCGAUUGGGGAUUUUUGUAGACGGAGGCUUGCAAUGUGUAGGAAAUCCGAAAGAGUUAAAGGGAAGGUAUGGGGGAUCAUAUGUCUUCACGAUGACGAGCUCAAUUGAACACGAGGAGAAAGUAGAGAGAAUGGUUCGACACAUUUCACCAAACGCCAAGAGAGUAUAUCAUUUAGCGGGAACACAGAAAUUCGAGAUCCCUAAGCAAGAAGUCAUGAUUGCAGAUGUGUUUUUGAUGGUGGAGAAGGCCAAAAGAAAAUUCACAGUUUUCGCUUGGGGACUCGCAGACACAACCCUGGAAGACGUCUUCUUCAAGGUUGCUACAACUGCUCAAGCCUUCAACUCUUUGUCUUAAUGAUUCACCCUACAUAGGGAAUCACUGUUGUUAUAUUAUUAUUCAAGUUAGGUCUUUUUAU